AAAUCGUACACGCCAGCAACCUGCCGGGAUGAGUAAGCGUCAGCAAUCCAUCAUGUCAUUCUUUGGUGCCAAGCCUGUACAAAAGGCAAGCGACAAGAAGGACCUUGACCCGGCACCGCAGACUCCAGUUGCCAAACCCGACACAGUCGCAGACACGGUCGAACGUUCUGACGACGUUCCUCCCUCUCAAUCCAAAGAAGAGACGGUCGUUGCCAAGAAGACAGCAUCGCCAUCGAAGACCAAGAAAGCAUCGAAGAAGACCCACAGUCCUCCUGCAUCCCCUGAACCAAAGCGCAAACGACUGCGGCGUGCAAUUGUCGAAGACGACUCAGACGACGAGGAGGACAUUCUCUCGGCGAACGGGGGUGCGGCUCUGACUGCGAAAUCUGUCACAGAGAAUGACACUGGACGUAUGGUCAAUGGUCUUGACAUUCACGAUUCUGGAGAUGAAAUGGACGCAUUAACUGAACCAAAGAAGCCGGUGGCCGCACCCGUGGAUUCCAAGCCAUCCGUGAAGCCAUCGGAAACGCCAUCCGUCUUCGAGGCAAAGGAAACUACCAAGGCGAGUUCGUCACCUUCCAAAGAGGACGCCAAGGCGAAGUCCACCGAUGCUUCCACCAUGUCGUUGGAUCACGUGUUGUACAACCCCAAGGAAAAGAAUGCAACCAGGCGCGGGGGAUGGACUCCAGGAACUCCCAUUCCAUAUGCGGCACUGUCGAAAGUUUUUGCAUUAAUUGAAGACGAGUCAAGUCGCCUGAGCAUCCAAGAUUUGCUGGCCGACUUUUUCCGCAGUGUGAUUGAACUCACCCCCGCCGAACUAGUGCCGUGCAUAUACUUGUGCGUGUGCACCGAGUUGGCUCCGGCAUACGAGAACGUGCAAAUUGGCAUCGGUGACGCCAUCUUGAUCAAGUCGAUCGGAGAAGCUACGGGAACAAAUUCGAAAUUCGUUAAAGAAUUGUAUCAAAAGGAGGGCGAUCUGGGCAAAGUGGCCCAGAAGUCCCGGUCGAAACAGUCAACUUUGAUGACCUUCCAAAAGCCCAAACCGUUGUCCGUAUCCCAUGUGUACAACGAUAUGGUCAAGAUUGCACGUAUGAGCGGCAACAAUUCCCAAGCCAGCAAGUGUUCGAUCAUCAAAUCUCUCCUGGUGCGAUGCGACAAGUUGUCCGACGAGGCCAAGUACCUCAUUCGAGGGCUCCAAGGCAAGCUGCGCAUCGGCUUGGCCGGGCAGUCCAUCCUCAUGAGCUUGACGCAAGCUUUCAUGCACCCAAAGGAGCAAUCCGACAAGGCACUGCAAGCGGAUGCCCUCAAGCAUGUCAAGCGAGCGUUUUCCGAAUUUCCUAACUACGAAGUGCUCGCGUCGUCGCUGUUGAAAAUUUUUGCCCGAGAAAACGACCAAAAGGGGAUAUUCGCAUCCCAAUUUGUUGAGCUGGCCGAAUUUUGCCACUUGACCCCCGGCAUACCCGUAUCACCAAUGUUGGCGCGACCAACGAAAUCGUACGCGAUGGUGCUAGAUCGCUUUCAAGCCAUGCCAUUCACGUGUGAAUACAAAUACGAUGGCGAACGCGCCCAAAUCCACAUUUUGCCUAACGGAGAGAUCAGCAUCUUCUCGCGCAACUUCGAAAACAGUACCGAGCGGUUUCCAGAUGUCAAGCUCAGCAUUGCGAAGGCGGCGCAAAAGGCCAACGUGACCAGCUGCAUAGUGGACGCCGAAGUCGUCGCUGUGGAUAAGGCCACAAACCAGAGGCUGCCGUUCCAAGUGCUGAGUACCAGACCUCGAAAGAAUGUCGUAGUGAGCGAAAUUAAGGUCGCCGUGUGUAUUUACGCCUUCGAUUUGCUCUAUUUGAACGGCAAGUCAUUUCUGAAAGAACCCUUGCAAGCGCGACGAGAGAGUCUCAAGGGAAUGUUUGAAGUCACGCCUGGGUCGUUCGAGUUUGCCACUUCGUUGGACGUGGCUAACACAAAGGAGGACGACAUGGAAUCGACGGUCGAGAUCGUGCGCAACUUCCUGGAAGAAGCCGUCAAAGGCAACUGCGAAGGACUCAUGGUCAAGACAUUGUCUACUGAAGCUACCUAUGAACCGGCGAAUCGAUCGCACAAGUGGCUUAAGCUCAAGAAAGAUUACCUCGAUGGCAUUGGCGAUUCUACGGACCUUGUACCGGUGGGCGCGUUUUUCGGCCGCGGUAAGCGCACGGGUGUCUACGGCGCGUACUUGUUGGCGUGUUACGACCCUGAAACGGAGAUGUACCAAUGCAUCACAAAGUUGGGGACAGGGCUGAGCGACGAAGUGCUCAACUUGUUCUACAAUCAACUGAGAGACUGCACGAUUGACCGUCCUCGCAACGACUACGCUAUAAACGACUUGAUCAAGCCGGACGUGUGGUUCGAACCAACUCAAGUGUGGGAAAUCUUGGGGGCCGAUUUGUCCAUUUCCCCCAAAUACACUGCAGCGAUUGGUCUUGUGUCCAAGGACAAGGGCAUCUCUCUGCGAUUUCCGCGGUACAUCCGCCUGCGCGAAGACAAAACCCCCGCCCAAGCCACAACCGCAGCACAAAUUGCCGACCUGUACAAUGCCCAAGGACUCAACACCUCAAACGACAAGGACGACGACGACGACGAUGCAUUGUAGCACGCCUUUUCCGUUCGACAUGGUUAACGUAAUCGACUAUCACAUUGUGCAUUCCCACAACGAUCGUGCC